AACAAUUCUUCGACUAACGUUUUUCUCUUGUUGUUUCACAUGCUAGAAAAUCGACAUAAACGUGGAUUCCAAAUAUAUGAAUAAGACAAGCAUUGGUGAUUCUAAAAAAAGAGGGUUACCUGUGUCCCCAGCUGCUGUUUCCAAUCCAAGCCCUGUAAAUAAAACUAAAACCGAAGUCUCGCACAAAGGUGUUCAGGGGACAAUAGUAAAUGCUGAUGAAACUCAGAGAACUUGUCAAGUGAAAUAUGGGAGCUACUGUCUCUGGAGGGAGGAAAAUAAGGAACCCUUGAAAGAUGCUAAGGUGAAGCACAUGAAGGACCUCCUAUUUGUGGCUAGGGCAUACUAUCCAAGUAUUGCUAAAAUGCCUUCUCAAAGCAAGUUGACCCGGGAUAUGAAACAGAAUAUCCAAGACUUUGAGCGUAUUCUUAGUGAAAGCUCAGCAGAUUCUGACCUUCCACCACAGGUUGAUAAAAAGUUUGGGAAGAUGGAAGCUGUAAUUGCAAAAGCAAAGUCUUUUCCUGUCGACUGUAACAAUGUUGACAAGAAAUUGAGACAGAUCCUGGAUUUGACUGAGGAUGAAGCUAGUUUCCACAUGAAACAGAGUGUGUUCCUCUACCAGCUUGCAGUACAGACAAUGCCUAAGAGUCUUCAUUGCUUGUCAAUGAGACUAACUGUGGAGUAUUUCAAGUCAGGUUCAGUUGAUACUGAGGAUAGUGAGAAAUUUUCAGAUCCCUCAUUGCUUCACUUUGUUAUCGUAUCCGACAGUAUACUUGCAUCUUCCGUUGUGAUCAACUCAACGGUUUUACACGCAAGGGAAAGUAAAAACUUUGUUUUCCAUGUACUGACAGACGAGCAGAAUUACUUUGCGAUGAAACAAUGGUUUAUCAGGAAUCCCUGCAAACAAGCAGCUAUUCAAGUAUUGAACAUUGAAAAACUCGAGCUGGACAAUUCUGAUAUGAAACUGUCUUUACCUGCGGAGUUCCGUGUCUCCUUCCUCAGUGGUGACAAUUUGGCGUCACAAGGGAAUCGAACACACUACUUAUCAAUGUUCUCUCAAUCUCACUAUCUCCUCCCAAAGAUAUUUCACAAGUUGAAAAAGGUUGUGAUUCUGGAUCAUGACGUUGUAGUCCAGCGGGACUUAUCUCCUCUUUGGGAGCUUGAUAUGGGAGGAAAAGUGAAUGGGGCAGUGAAGGAGUGCUCAGUAAGAUUGGGUCAGCUAAAGAGUCUCAAGGGAGGAAGUUUUGAUACUAAUGCUUGUCUCUGGAUGUCUGGAUUGAAUGUCAUUGAUCUUGCUAGAUGGAGGGAGCUGGGAGUUUCAGAAACCUACCAGAAAUUUUACAAACAGCAGUUGAGUGUUGGAGGUGAGUCGAGAGAAGCAACUGCAUUGCAAGCAAGUUUGCUUACGUUUCAAGACAAAGUUUAUGCUCUUGACGACAAAUGGGCUCUAUCGGGGCUUGGCUAUGACUACUACAUCAACACCGAAACGAUAAAAAACGCAGCCACAUUGCACUACAAUGGGAACAUGAAGCCGUGGCUAGAGCUAGGAAUCCCACAGUACAAGAACUAUUGGAGAAAGCAUCUGAAUCGGGAAGAUGGGUUCUUGAGUGACUGUAACGUGAACCCUUAAUGAGAGUAAGUAAAAAGCUACAAGAGGCCAAUGCUGUAGAAGCAGGUCACACACGCAAAGGAAAAGAUUUAGAGUUGGUGGUUAAGCAGACAUCUCAUUUUUGGUGGGUAAAUAAACCCGAAUGCAUUGCAUGAGAAAUGCUGAAGGGGAGAGAGAGCUAGCAGAAGUGGGUUUUAAAAUUGAUAGCAAAUUGAUUUUUAAGAGACGUGAUCAAGAUGAUUGAAAAUCAUCUUUUGAUAUGAUUUUAAACAAAAAAAAAAGAGUGAAGAAACUUUGAUGUUGUAUAUGAUUUU